CAGACGCAUUCGCAUAUGACACCGGCCAGCCUGUCUCCUAAAUUAGCCUAAUACCGAGUGGACAAUCUUUAAACUGUCCUUUUUAUUGUUAGAUGCCACAAUGUUGCCUUUCAAGAGAACUUUUGAGAACGAAAAACACCAGCUACAGGAGCUCAACAGCAGACUUUCCCAGUAUCUCUCCAGGACGAAGCAGCUGGAGCAGGAAAAUGCGCAUCUGAUCACUGAAAUAAAUAAACUCAGGCAAACGAAGACGGCGGAAUGGGAGCCGAAGUACAAGGCUGAGAUACGGGACAUGAGGAGAAUGGUGGGACAGCUGUCGUUGGAGAAGUCCCAGGCUGAGAUGGAGAGGGAGAAGCUAUGGCGGGAGUUGCAGAUGGUCCAGUCUCUGUGCAGCGAGCAGACUGGUGUGUGCAGGGACAUCAGUGGCGAGCUGAAGGGCUGCGAGAAGGAGCUUCACCACGCUCACAAGACCAACAGUGAACUCGAGCAGCGUUUAUUUCAACUCGAGACCGAGUAUAAAUGCUUAGAGGAUGCACACAGGCAAGAAAUGGACCACUUCAGGCGUCAGGUGGAGGCCCGGGUGGUGCCCAUCAUCACGCAAACUUAUCGAGGGCCUCCGGUGGCCUCCAUGGAAGAGGUGCAAGAGUAUGCCCGAGGUAUGUCCGAAGGGUGGAUUGAGACUUUUGAAAUGUACCAGCGUAAAGUGGAAGAGAUGGAGCAGUCGAUUAAAGCGGACCAGGCGAUGCUGAGUGAGCUGCAGAGGGAGAAGAUGCUGUACGCCUCAGAGUUGGACAAAUUACGCACAGAGGCGGAAAAACAAGGCCACAUUCAGAUGCGUCUUGAAGAACAGCUGAUGCAUAUGCAGGAAAAAUUCCGUGUGGACUUCGGUGAAUAUCAGAUGAUUAUUGAGCAGCUGGAGCACGAGAGGAACAAGAUGGCUGACACUAUAGCAGAAAAGAUGAGAGAACAUCAGCACCUUCUCCAGGUUAAGAUGGAUCUGGGCAUGGAGGUGGCUGCCUACAGGGCUCUCCUGGAGGGUGAGAGAGUGGGUCUGCAAGAUGCUCAUAGGAGAGUGAAUCAGCAUCAAAGAGAAAGAAUAAUAGAUAUCAAGAUGCCAGCCAAACCCUACACACCAAGAGCUUCCAUCUUAACCACCAGACAACAUAUGGACAUCCGGUACACGCCGCCGACGUCAAGCCUGAGAAGAUCUCCCGUGCCUCCCUCUGGGUCCAUAAGUCCCUCCAGGGUCAUUCCCAUUUCAGUUGCAGGCAGAGCUCGUUAUCAGAGUCCUGAAUCCAGAAGGGACAUGAUUUCAUUCGCCAAAGCUCGGGCUGCCACUUCUGCCCCUGCUACUACCACCGCCACAGCUGCUGCCAAAGAUAAACAAACAGGCCACAGGGAAACCCACGUGAGUGAGGUUGUGCAGAAAACAACAGUAGAGGAGAAAACUGUGAAAAUCAAACAGGCCUCUCAGGUAGAGAACAAAAUCAGUCCCAUCAUGUCCUCCACUGCCGAGACCAAAUCAGUGAGAGUGGUGUCACCGCCAAUGAUGAGCCUGAGCGCGAAAAUGGAGACAGUAAGCAAAAAGCUACUGUCAGAUGAAACAGAGGUAGAUAAUCUUUAUGACAGUGAGUUCAAAGACAAAGGGAGAACAGAGUCUACGGUAGGGCCAAGUGAGAAGAAGAUAUUAGACUCUGUGUCUGUAGAGGAGAUCAUUGAGAAAGUGAUGAAACCAGCAGGUUUGGAAGCAAAGGUUUGCUCAUCAGGAGAAUCCAAGGUCAGAUAUCAUGUAGAGAAAACUCAGCAGGACGAUGGCACGACUAAAACACAGAUCGUGCUGGAGUCCAAAGUGGAGGAAGAGCUGGAUAUUUCUGAAGACUUUGCCCUGGAUGAACUUCUGAGCCAAGGUGUGAAGAAGGUGUCACUGCAGGACAUCAAGGACACAGCAACAGGAAGCAUGAUUAAGAAUCUACUAAGUGACCUGCAGGGAGCAGAGAACCUGCAAAAUAGGUCUGUCAAUGUGGAAAUCAUUGAGGAACCGGUUGACUCUUUCAGUGAUGAGGAGCUUGAGGUUGAACAGAAGUCCAGAUCUACUUUUUAUGAGCCCUCCUCAACAUAUUUCCAAAUUGAGGAGCUAGAAAAUGUCCCUCAUGACGCUCAUGUUCAGAGGAGUGAUGAUGAUGCCAUGAAAUCUUCCAUGACAGGCACAGAUCAUUCCAAGGGUAGAUCUGUCCACGUUGAAGAGGUCUCUAGACAGAGUGAAUCUUCAUAUUUCUCUCGUGAACAAGAGCCUCAUGAGUAUUAUGUCUCAACACCAGAUGAUAAUCUCUCUGAAGCCGAGGAGGGUGGUGCCAUCACCUCAUACGGCCAUUAUGGCGUUCUAGAUGACCUGUCAGAUGAGAGGUAUUAUCAAGAUGAAAGUCUUCCACUGAAGAGCGUGAUUGUAGAGGAAAGUGACGAAUACAAGUUCAUGGCAGAUGAUCACUCCUUUGUCAAAGAGAGCUUUCCAGAUUGCAUCCUUGAAGAAGAAGUUCGUGUCUCCCCAGUAGUGCAGGAAUCUGUUCUCGAGUUCCUGAGAGAGGACUCUUUGGAGCCCAAAGAGCAGCUGAGAGGAGCUCUAGAAAAGCUACAAAGCUCAGUUUCAGGUCCCCUGAGGGAGGAAUUGGCUUUCCUCUCAAAAGUGAGCAGUGAAAGUCCACAGAACGUGGCUGUCGAUGUCAAAAAAGUGCAGCAGUCAAAUGACAAUGGAACCAUGACUAUAGUUGCCGAGCUAAAUGUCUCUCAAACUCUGGAAGACUCUGGGCUGCUGGAGGCAGAAGAUGAUCUGUCUGAAGAGCAGAUCAUGGCAGCUCUCAGAUCUUCUAACCUAGGGCUUGAGAAAACCUUCCAGGGCGGGGCAGGAGGAGGGUACAGCUUCAAAGUCACCAAAGAAGAGGCUGUUGCUCAUGGUGAAGAGAUCGAAGGCUUCACACACCUAAGAGAAUCUGUGUCUGAAAUCACUGAGAAACAUAUAAAACUUGGGCCUUCAGAGAAGUCCUUCACCUUCCAGAUGGAUGUACAGAGCAGCCAUUCUGAGGCAUCUCCAGAGCAAGAGCUGCAAUCUCAAACCCCAGAGGCCCCAGUGAAGAUUUCUCAAGAGAAAAAAGUUGCAACAAUUUACCUUGAAAGCCCUACAGAUGACUAAGGAAGAAUUCAGUCAGAAAUAUUUUAAGACCCAGGGCUUGCCAGUGUAUCCCUUGCUGAAGUGCACAUACAGAUGUUGUUUUGAUGCAGCAGUUAAUCAUAUAUGGCAUUAAUGCUGAUUGCAGACACAGUAAUAAUGACAGUUAUAAUGCUGUAAUUUUUGCGGUAAAACAUUAUAUAUCUAUUUGAUUUUGGUAUGCUGUUUUACUGUACCUAAUAACAGUGUGUUAAAACUUGGUUUACCUAACUGCAUUUCAUGAUUCAAGUUAAAUUCUGUUAUGUAGUUAAAAUUACCAAAUUAAUACAUAUUUUAUGGUAUUCAUUGCGGCAGCAUUACUAUUAAAAAUACUCCAUGCUAACUAAUAUGAGCAACCUUAAAUUAGGAUUAUAACAUAUAUAAAUUGUAGCAAUUUCUUAUGGUAGUUAAUACUGAUGGAGUGUUGCGCAGUUAUGUGUAAUCCUUUUAUAGAUUGCAGUUUAUCUUCAAACUGUUUUGUUUACUCUCUAGAUUUCUCUAUUUUUGUACUAACUUGUGCUGUUCAGCUUAAAUAGCCUGUUCUGCAGUUUACAGCUCACCAUCAAUCCAACAAACACAUCAUAAUGUUAAGUCUAAGUGGUCAAGAUUUAGUGCAGACUAACAUUUGACAGUUGGAGUAAUGAGGUGCUGUGCACCGUUUGCAGACUGGACCUUAUUCAUUUUUCUUUUGUCUCGGGCACUGCUACCAAAGGGAAUGAUAUUAGAAGCUUAUAUACUGCAUCGUGGAACACAGUGGUUUAUUUUAAGGAGUAGUCACUAGUGUGUACAGAAUAUAGUUAAGAUUGUAGCUGACAGUAUAGUAAGAGUGAAGAAAAAGAUGGUAAUUUGUCUCAUGAAAUUUUGCAAGUUUUGAAUGCUGAAGUCAAGGUGUAGAGCAAGUAAAUGUGGCACUUAAAAGUGGCUGAUAACCCUAGCUCACAAAGUUAAGUAUUGUCAGAUUAUUUAACUUUACUCACAACUAAAUGGCACAGUACACAUUUUGAAUAAUCAGAAAGAAGUACUGCCCAACCACAUGUGGCAUUACAUUAUCAAUGUAAUCAAUGUGAGAAAUGUUUGUAAAAAGUUUAUCUUCACAUGUGUCAAUACCAUUUUUAAUUUCAUUGGGGGAUAAUUUUGCUCUGAACAUGUGAUUCGAGAUGGGAAUUCAAAAUGGUGCAUUUUACCAUUUAGAACUCCAAAGGAGGGUUGUUGUUGUUUGAAAAGCAAACAGUAAGAUGACAGAACGAAAAGAGGUAGCAGAAUCUGAAUGAAUUAAGGAUGCAGCAAUAGUGAUGUUAAAGGAAAUAUAUCCACAUCUGGUUUUGAUGUAUGUCGUGUCUGAACCUUUUGCUUGUCCACAUUUGUUGGUUAUCACAGUGUUGGCUUGAGGAAUUCACCUUUACUCUGACUUAAGAGUGUGUUCAUGACCGUGACUAUUUUUGGAUCAUCAGCUUAGUGGCAUUGAGUGUUCACUAGGGUUUGUUGUGUUGUGUACUACUUACAGAGGCAGAAAUAGUUCACUAUGAUUACAGCCUGGUUACAUAUUUUACACAUUUUGUCUUAUUGGCUAUACUAAUGAACACUUUGCAACCACUGAGCAGUGUCUUCACAGAUUGGCUUUUUGGCACUAUCAUGUUGAAACAAUGUGCAGAAUUACAAUGUUUAGUGUGAAUGCCAUGCUUUUAUUAAUAUAUUCAUUGCUAGAAAUCUACAAAAUAAAACUUCUUAAAAUAUUUGUUGCUUUGAAGUGCCCAGAUACAGCAGACUUCCAUACAUUUUCUCAGCUGCAAACUUUGUGCAAAAACACGCGUCACAUAUCAGUGCACUUAAAAAACAGAAUCUUUGUUAGGUGUGUACACAGUGCAAUCUGGAUUCCAUGUGCCAUUUCAUAGCAUAAACAAAUCUGUGUACAUCAGCAUACAGAAAAUCUAUUGAUGUAUAAAGAAUGUUCAGUGAGUCAGUGUUAAAUAAGUGUUAGUCACCAUGGAUAGCCCAACACCGUUGCUUUUAUUGACAUAAUGAUUUCUACUGAACAAAUGACAUCACUGCUUUGGUUGAAAUUGGUUCCAGCCCUUACUUGGAAAUUGAUUCAUAUCUUAACACAAUUAAAACCUAUUGUGGGUA